GCUCAGACCACAUAUCAUAACGAACACCCUUCUGCUCCUGUCAUCUUCAUAUGCCUGAUGCCAUCCGACUCGCUCGUCCAUAGGGAAGGCCAAUCCCCGGUCAAGUUCUCCGGCGACCUCACCCCCCAGCAGCAAGCGGGAAUCGUCAAGUUCGCGGACGUAAUCCUUCGCGGCCCAGGCGACUUCGCAAAAGCUGUCGGAUCUUGUCUCGAGCUCACAGAGGUGUCCAUUAGUCCCAGGCCAGAGGAUGGAAAGCUGCACGCAGCAGUCGUCUUUGAGAUAGAUGUGUUAGAAGACAUGCUCAACGCCAACAGACACGUGCACGGAGGUUGUUCGAUGUUCAUGAUUGAUAUCUGUUCUGCCAUCGCCUUGACGGCCCUGAGCAUCGCCAUGAACAAAAGAACACACCUUGUCUCCCAGGCUAUCAACACCAUAUUCCACGCCCCCGCCACAGUCGGUGCUCGUCUCAAGAUUGUGAACAAGACCGUUGCGUACGGUACACGAACAGUCUCUGCGCGAACUGAGAUCUGGGAUAUCACGAAUCGUCGAUUAGUCGUCUCUGGAAUUCAUAAUCAGAUGCAGCCUUCGCCGCCCAAGCUGUGAGGGGCGCUUCCUGAUACACAAACACCUAUCCAUCUUGAUCUAGCA